UUGAUUUUGGUUUGUAUAACACCAAAAUGCUGAUGACAUUGCCCAAAUACAGAUUUUUUUGUGUGAGACUCGGGAGAAUAUUUUCCACAAAGCCAAGUGUGUCCAUGCCAUUCUUCACUCAUUCUUCACGUGUUCAGCUUUUACACAUAAAUGUUGGAGACAAAGCUGAAAUAAUUAAGAAGUUCACCUCAAAGGAUAUUGUUACCUUUUCUGAAUUAACAGGGGAUACAAACCCAUUACACUUGGAUGAAGAAUAUGCAAAGAAAUCAAGAUUUGGGAGAACAGUUGUACAUGGUGUUUUGAUCAAUGGACUUAUUUCAGCUGUCCUAGGUACAAAAAUGCCUGGGCCUGGGUGUAUCUUCCUUUCUCAGGAAAUUAAUUUUCCAUCUCCUUUAUAUGUUGGAGAAGAGGUCUUGGCUUCAGCAGAAGUGAAGAAACUGAAGAGAUGUCUUGCUUAUAUUACAGUGUCAUGUACAGUUGUCCAAAAUGGCAAAAUUGUCAUGGAAGGUAUUGUUAAAGUUGUAGUGCCUGAAGAUUCCAAACCUGCGACCUGAUUGUAUGGUGUAUCCUAUUGGCAGCUGAGGUUAUAACAAGAUGUCCUUUUAGCUAUAAUCAGCUAGUUACCUAACUCUGUGAGGAAUUUGAAACAGUUUAAUUCCAACAUUUUGAGGUUGGUCUCCGACUUAAAAGAUCGCUUUGCCUUUUCUCAAUGUGAGGGUUGUUAGUGAGAUAGAAUGAGAGUUUCAGAAGAAUGCUGAGAUAGAAAUCAGCAUCUAAAAUGCCUUGAGUUGCUUAAUUUGGAUUUACAUAUUGGACAGAUUUAGGGCUUCUCAUGUUGAGUUUGACCAGUGACUACAUUAGCUCUACAUUUUACCAAUAAAUAAUAAAUAAUAACUGUCAGCCAGGUGACAGUUUUAUAGCUUAGGCAGUUGGUGCAAUCUAUCCUCCUAUCAUUAACUAAAAGUACAUUGUAGAUCUAUCCUCUGCUUCCUCCCACAUAGGUCAUUUAUAUAAAUAUGUUUGAUAUAAACUGAUAAAUAAGAUUAAGAACUUAAUGUGAUUUCCUCAGAUUCUCUUCCUGAAAAAAAUCAGUACACGCCUGGUAUUCUCUUUAUACAAAUAAACAUUUGAUUUCUCUAGAGUA